AUGGGGUCGGACCAAGCGCCACCUUUUAAAAAGAGGUUCUAUCAUGUCAAAGUCAAGAAUCUAGAGCUAGUCAGCUUGCAAAAACUAGGGCAGCGAAUGGAUCAAGUUCAGUGUCAAGCCUUCAACAAGUUAUAUGGGAAGAUAUGGUAUCUGGCAUCCCAUCGUCUAAGGCAGUAUAUGUUGAGCCGUACUACUUGGUUGGUAUCCAAUAUGGACCCAAUCAAGUACAUUUUCGAGAAGCCCGCUCUUACGGGGUGGAUCGCUCGGUGGCAAGUUUUUCUAUCUGAGUUGGACAUCGUCUAUGUCACCCAAAAGGCAAUAAAGAGAAGCGCCUUGGUAGACUAUUUGGCUCAGCAUCCUCUCAAUGAUUACCAGCCCAUGCAUCUGGAAUUUCCAAAUGAAGACAUUAUGGCCUUGUUCGAAGAGAUGUCAGAGGAUAAGGACAGGGAUAAGUGGAUCGUGUGGUUUGACGACGCGUCCAACGCCCUAGGCCAUGGGGUCGGGGCAGCUUUGGUCUCUCCCGACAAUCAAUGCAUUCCCUUCACGGUCAGAUUGGGUUUCGAUUGCACGAACAACAUGGCUGAAUACGAGGCAUGCACCCUUGGGAUCCAAGCGGCAAUUGACUUCAACGUCAAGUUGCUCAAAGUGUACGGAGACUCAGCCUUGUUGGCUAAGUUCUUCGAUGAUGUCUCUUUCUACCACGUUUCCAGAGAGGAGAAUCAAAUGGCCGAUGCGCUUGCCACUUUAGCAUCCAUGUUCCAGCUGACUCCACACGGAGACUUGCCGUACAUCGAAUUUAGAUGUUGCGGCAAGCCCGCGCAUUGCUAUUUGAUAGAAGAGGAACAAGAUGGUAAACCUUGGUACUUCGACAUCAAGUGA